AUGGAUAAGGACGUUUUCAAGCUCAUGACAGAGCAAUUCAAUGAACUUGAGAUCACUUUGAAACAGAUCUCAUCGGAACUACUUGAUCGUCAGAUCAAGCUGCAGAAACAUCCUCCGAUGUUGUCAGCAAAGGAAUCAGCCAUCAUUGAAAGCGCAAUAGUGCAGGAGCUCAAGGUCGACCUUGUUAGUGCUCGGGGUACUGCCCGGGAUUUGGAGCUGGAACUCCGCAGUAUUGUAGAGCAACAGUCAGCACGACACUUCAGUGCCGCCAAUAUCGCACAGUUCUUCAAAGAGUUCGAGGUAUUCUUCCUUGCCAUCGACGUUAUCGUGAGGAACCUCCAAGAAACCGUGCUUGGUUUGUCUUCAAGACAAGUUCUGCAGUCUGAACCGCCUCCUGCCCUGGGGUUGAACAAGACGAUUGAGAACAAUAUCAUUGAGAACAAGAAAAUAGAAAAGGACCCGUCACCAUCUGAAGACCAAUUUUCAAACUUUGACGCGAAUCCUUCAGGCCAUGUGGAAUACAUUCUAUCAGAAGAUAGGAAGGAAGAACAGAGGACAUCUGUGACCUUGAUGGAAGAAACCUCUGCCUCCCACAACAGGCCGGACCAUGACGUGCAACCUGAGAGGAUCAGAGAGCUCGAGAAGGAGGUUGAACGAUUGAAGAAGCUCUUGGACGUCGAGGCUCAGGUUUCCAAGAGCAGGAGGGACCAGUUGAACGAUGCCGUCGACAAGCGUCGGGGGCUUGAAGGAAGCGCGAAGCAGCUGGAGACUGAGCUGGAGGACGCCAGGGACAAGAAUGCAGACAUGCUGAAGCUGAUACAGACAUUGGUCGAUGAGAAACAGGCAGCUCAGCAGCUCUGUUGGGAGAAGGUUGAAGAUGAGGUCUACCAGUAUCACCAAGACAUCAUACAACAAUUGAUAGACGCGAGGAUGAAGCAUGCGGAGGCCUCUACUUUGCUCCUUGAGGUCAAACGGCAGAAUCAUGUAUACAGGGGGAAAAUGCAAAAGAUGAAGGAGAAAUUGACGGAUUUAGAAGUACAACAUUGCAAUAAAGCUCUACUUCACGCUCUUGCCGGGCAACCUGGACAUCUGGACAGCCAUCUCUAUCAGCAGCUGGAGCUAGGACGCAUUCUCCUUACCUUCGUAGCCUCUCUUCGCCUGGGAUCGGGCAAGGAGCUGGGUCAGAAAGCUCAGGUGCUCGGAGGAAUCCUGCAAGAUCCCUGA